CUACCAGUACCUAACCUACCUAGGUCGUUAGGUAGAGCCCACUGUAACCUUAAAAACUUAUCGCGCCGGGUACCUACAUCAUUGUACCGGGCGCACGAGGUAAAAACCCAUAGUCGCGGUCAAUGACUCCUCACGGCCCGAGAUCGAAGCUACACAAUCUAAAGAUCCGCGUCGCAUCCACCUCGAGAAACCGCCUGCCCAUUGCACUCACCAGCCCAGAUGCAUCGCCUGAGCGCAACUUGAGGAAAUAUCUAUUGCAUUGUUUGUUCCAUAUAAUGCUUUGUCUUUAACAGGUUGAAAACCACCGUCAGAGCAGAGCGGAGUUUGGAUUCACGAGCAACAGGUAGUGCGAUAUCAACUAAAAAGUUCAACGAAGACUUCAAUUAAUCGAGUACGACUAUUCGCUGUUGGACGCUGACUUUGCGACAUCUUUCCGCUUUCUACGAGUUUGCGCCUACCACCUCUCGCCCUCCAUUGACCCAGCGACUCUUUGCAUGUUUUCCUUUUGACAUCGACAUCAACCCAAUUAAACCAUCAUGGGUGUCCCCAAGUUCUUCAGGUGGCUCUCAGAGCGAUAUCCUGCAAUAUCGCAACUCAUCGCAGAGAAUCGAAUUCCCGAGUUCGACAAUUUAUAUCUGGACAUGAACGGCAUUAUACACAAUUGUACCCACAAAGAUUCCCAUGACACCUCGUUCCGUCUCAGCGAAGAUGAAAUGUUCAUACGUAUAUUCAACUACAUCGAACACUUGUUCGGCAAAAUCAAGCCGAAGAAGUUGUUUUUCAUGGCCAUCGACGGAGUUGCUCCCAGGGCCAAAAUGAAUCAACAGAGGGCCCGCCGUUUCCGGACAGCCUUAGACGCCGAACAAGCUCGUGAAAAGGCGAUUCGAGAAGGCCAGGAACUACCAAAAGACGACCCUUUCGACAGCAAUUGUAUCACGCCGGGUACGGAAUUCAUGGCUAAGCUGACGCAGCAGCUUAAGUACUUUAUUAGCAAGAAGAUAUCAGAGGAUUCUGAUUGGCAGGUCUGCGAUAUCGUCUUGUCAGGCCAUGAGGUUCCCGGUGAGGGGGAACACAAGAUCAUGGAAUACAUUCGGAACGCCAAAGCUCAGCCUGAUUAUCAUCCCAACGUUCGUCAUUGCCUAUACGGUCUAGAUGCCGAUCUUAUCAUGUUAGGGCUGUUAAGUCACGACCCGCACUUCUGUUUACUUCGAGAAGAAGUGACCUUUGGUCGCGCCUCAAAGACGAAAUCGAAGGAGUUGGAGCAUCAGAAUUUCUACCUGAUGCAUCUCUGCAUAGUUCGGGAAUACCUUGAAUUGGAAUUUCAAGAUUUAAAAAAGGAAGGGGCUACAAAAAUACCUUUCGACAUGGAGAGAGUGAUCGAUGAUUUUAUCCUCAUGGCGUUUUUCGUCGGUAACGACUUUCUUCCGAAUCUACCUAACCUUCAUAUCAACGAAGGAGCCUUAGCGACAAUGUUCCGUAUUUACAAGCAAGUCCUUCCCCAGUGCGACGGCUACAUCAAUGAAGGAGGGGUCAUCAACCUCCCUCGCCUGAAGUUGUUGUUGGAUGAGCUUUCGAAGGAAGAAGAUCGGUAUUUCGAGAACGAGUACGCUGACUCAAAGUGGCUCCGGAGUAAGCACUUGGUGGAGGCGGAUGGCGAGGAACCCAGCAAACCUAAGGGAAAGAUCGUCAUGACAAGUUCGCAGAAAGAAUUAUGGAAGAAAAUUCGGAAGUUCAUAAACAAGCGACCGUCUAGUCCUCUUGAUCUUGGCCAUGAUCUUAUUGCCGCUGACCGAAAGUUCGUACAAGAUACAGCCAGCAGCCUCCAUAUUGAAUGGCGUACUGUUGAGGACGACGACGGGGGGCGUAGCCUCGUAUUAGAAUUCCCCGCAAAGAACGGUGGCGGCGAAAACGACGAAGAGGAAGAAGAGGAGGAGGAAGGCCAUAUGGCCUUGUUUCGCGUCAUGAGGCGGUACGAUAACGCUCAAGUUGUCGACCUCUCGGCUGAAACUGCCCAGGCCGCCGCGCAAGCCAUGUAUAAGGAGAAGUUCCUUGAGUGGAAAGACAAGUACUAUACCAGCAAAUUCGGGUGGACUCCAGACGUCAAAGAAACUGAACUUGUAAAACUUUGCGAAAACUACGUCCAAGGCUUACAAUGGGUCUUGUUCUACUAUUAUAAGGGGGUGGCGUCUUGGCCAUGGUUUUACGGCUACCACUACUCUCCUAGAACAUCUGACAUCGUCAAAGGUAUAAAUGCCGACCUAAACUUCAAACUCGGCCAGCCUUUCCGACCCUUUGAGCAGCUCAUGGGUGUCCUCCCAGACCGAAGUAAGAAGAUUGUUCCUUCGUUAUACCACGAACUUAUGACAGACCCGAACUCGCCAAUCAUCGAUUUCUAUCCGAGAGACUUCGAGCUCGACAUGGACGGGAAGAAAAUGGAGUGGGAAGCUGUCGUCAAGAUCCCUUUUAUUGACGAGAAGCGACUACUAUCCGCGAUGGCGCCUAAAAACGAACUCCUUACGGCGGAGGAAAAGGCCCGUAAUGAUUUCGGAGUAUCAUUGAAGUUCACGUACGAUUCCAAUCUCGACUAUAUCUACCCCUCCUCUAUGGUCGGGAUAUUCCCUGACAUCCCCCAUUGCCACUGUGUUGAGAACAUAUUCGACUUGCCCACGACCGAAGGGUUGGAAUUAUAUGUCGGCUUACUUGAAGGUACUAAAGUCGGCAUCGAUGCUCUAGCGGGGUUCCCAAGCUUGGCUACAUUACCUUACAAUGCCAACCUUGGUUUCCACGGGGUAAACGUUUUCCAGCAAGAGAGCCGUAACGAGAGCAUGGUUGUGACCCUGGCGGAUGUAGAGCUUCGGGCCAGGACGGAGUCGGCAAAGGUCAAACUAGGCCAAAGGUGCCACGUAGGUUAUCCCUUCCUACAGGAGGCCAAAAUCGUAGGUGUGUCGGACGAGUUAUUUGACUACUCACUCGCCUACGACGGUUCGGGUCAAGCAAUCCAGACACAUCAUUCUGGGAGGGAGAUCGAAGAAUGGAAUAAAAAGGCAUCACGUAUCGAGAAUUUCUAUAGCAAGCGACUCGGUAUCAUAAUUGGACCCGUCGAAUCGAUGGUUCACGUCGAAAUGCUCAGGGGGCUCGUUAAAACGGACGAGGGUGCUACCAUCAAGGAAUAUGGGCCAAUUCCCGGCAUGGAGACGGAUUACGCGGCACAGGUGAUCGUCGACGAGGUUAUUAGCGAGGACGACCGGUUUAUCGAGAGAGCUGCAGUACCCUUCGAGGAAGAAUUCCCUGUUGGAUCUCGCGUUUUCUUCCUUGGGGACUAUGCUUACGGGCGCCCGCUCGAGAUUUGUGGCCAUAACAAUAACCGGGCCGAGAUUGCAUUAUCAGUAUCAACGAAAGAACAAGACUUUGCGCAACUGAUUAUACGCCAGGCUGAGCAGCACAGUGGUUAUCGCCCAUCUUACGCUGUUGCGAGGGACCUAGGUCUCCAUCCGCUUGUUCUCAGCAAGAUUACAUCUUCCUUCUACGUCCACACGAUCGGCGGCAGUAUGAAAGUCAACCUGGGACUGAAUUUGAAGUUUGAGGGAAGAAAGCAGAAAGUCCUGGGAUACUCAAGGAAGUCGAGUUCAGGUUGGGAAUUCAGCCCUGCUGCGAUUCAGCUCCUAGUAGAAUACAUGACUCGUUUCCCUGAUUUCUUCGCUGCUAUCAUGAAGAACCCGUCAGGAAAUGAAUUAACAGAGACACAACUCUGGCCAGAUAGUGAUAUCGCCAGUACCCGAAUCAAAGAGAUUGGGGCAUGGCUUAAAACCGUGGAAACGAGUAAGUUCGAGCGAGUCCCUCUCGACGCUGAACAGCUAGAUUCGGAAGUUGUCAUGCAGCUUCAGAAGGCUGUCGACGGGCGAAGGGAAUCCAACGAGAAGCACGAACGAAAGAAGCUGAAAGGUGUUCCUCGAUCCGCACUACUCAAUCCAAAGGACGCUGAGCAACGGCUUGGAAAUCAGAGGUUCAACCUAGGUGACCGUGUUGUGUAUGUACAGGCUUCCGGGAAAGUGCCCAUAGCUUCAAGAGGCACUGUUGUCGGUAUAAGCACAGUCGGCAACCAUCACAUGCUCGACAUACUUUGCGACAAUGCAUUUAUGAACGGUACAACACUAGGCGGUCGGUGCGAGCCAUUCCGAGGGCAGACAGUCUCAGCCAAUUCUGUGCUUAAUCUUACAAAUAAGCAAGUUAUCGCAAGUUCUAAAAUGAGCUUAGAAAAACGGGCUACUCAGACGACAUCGCCUCUUCAGUUACAAGGAUAUGGAGCGCCGGGCGGCCAAGGUAGUCAACUUCGAGACGCGCCAGCACCAUCCCCUCUUCGAGGGAGUUGGCGAGGCGCUGUGAAUGGCGUUAAUCGUCAUGGAGGACAAGUACGAGGCACUCACGCCCCUCAGGUGCCUAACGGCGCCCUUCGUUUACAGCAUAGUAGCAUGGUAUAUCACACGGUGCCCAACAACCGUCAGCCACAGACAUUUAAGCAAGAGGGCACGUCACGACCCGGUGGCUUCGCACCGCGUGGUCGUGGUAAUUCUAAUCGAGUCGGACGCGGUAAUCGUGGCGGUAGGGGAAUAUCGGCGGACCCAAACAACGUCUCUGAUAAUGUAGGCGCAACGGCUACGGGAGCCUCUCAACAUCAAUCUUACAAUGCAGUCCCGCCACCGGCCGGAUUAGAAACUCGUGGUAACCGAGGGCGUGCGUUGCGCAGCCGUGGAGGAGGGCGCGGGAGAGGAGGUCGUGGCAUAUCAACCGCGAACUAAAACGUCCGAGAUUCGAGCCGCGCCGCGUAUUACGAGUGAUUAGAUGUUUAACUUUUGUUCUGGUCAAGCGUACCUUCAGCACAGCGAAACUUAAAUGGGGAUUUGAUAGACGAGGUUAUCGGGCCUAGAUAGUCAGUGGAGCUCUUAAGAGGACGAAUUGCAAUGCCCCAACGAUCAAUAAGUCUCAGACACAUAGUCGGACCACGGUGCUGUAUUGUUCGCAAGUUGACGCACUCAAAUUGGAUCUCCGGGUUCCAGACGAGUAACAAUUUAGCUGACUGGCCUCAACCAGAUUUCAAACCAAUUCGAGUAGAUUUACAUACAUGUAUCUAACUAGAGCACCCGCAUAAUUAAUUUACAUCUGUGAUGUUUUAAUGGGCC